AAAAUAAAUAAAUUAAAUUUCAAAAAUGGAUGCAGAGGAAAACGGCGGAAGUUUUGAAUCGCUAACAACUAUUCAACCAAGUGUUCGCCGAUUAGGUAUGAUAUUAAGAGAUAAUUUUGUAUUCUAGACAAAUCCAUUUUGGGCUACUCGUCUGUGGCAAAAGCUCUCCAAAGAAGCAAUAACUAAAGUGCGAGUUUGCCGUCAGAGACACUUUUUGAAGAAUUAUGAUGAAGUUUUCAAUGGUGAAGAUUUAGUCAAUGUCGUUAUUCUCUUUCUUAAGGAAUGUACUGAGGAGCUGGAUGUAAAUCGAAUUGAAAGACCAAAUGCUGUUAAAGCAGUUUUACUUUGUCACCUUAUCAAUUACAGAAUCUAAUGAAGGGAAAUCUGCAACUAAGAGUUCACCGUUGUUAAAUUUUCUGGUAUCCAGCAAAAGGAAACGAUUUGUGCCCACAGUCUGUCUAUGGAAAGAACUCUCCUCACUAUUUGCCUGGAGCAGUGGCAGUCAGUAUGGUUAUAAGAAGGUUUAACUAUUCAAGUAUAGGCCAAUAUUUAAGACAUGUUUUGGCUCAUGACAGUGAUAGAAAGGUAUGCCAGGUUUUAAUGGAUAAGAAAUUUUUCGAGUGUGUGUCUCCUAAAGGUAAUUUGAAGUUUGAAGAUAGUUCACAUCGAUUCUACAGAUUUAUCGAUGAUAAGAUUACUCAAGAUAGUCAUAAAGACUUAAAUACUGGUGUGGAAAACCUUGGUUUUGUAAACUCGCCUGUAGCAGAUGAGAAUAAAGAAAAUGUUAGAAAUUCUUCUUUUGGUCAUAACUCAAGCUCUUUGACUCCAAAUUUCAUAAGAUCUGCCAAAAGACAUUCAAUCCGUUUAAGGACACCGCUUUUAAAAGUGAGGGACACCAAACCUAGCCCUGUGCGUUUGUCAAAAAGAAAUUCAAGAUGUUCCGGCUCAGACCAAGAAGAUGUCCAUUACCUGAGAGAAACUGCUUUGACUCUUUUACUGCAACUCAUUGAUGUCCCCAUGUUAGAAAGCAUUUUGUCUGUCCCUUACGAUUUACCAGAGCUACCAGAAGCGCCUCAGCCUUUUGUGCUGGAGAAUGAUUUUACUCCUCGUAAAGUUAAACCUGCCAAAGUUGAUUUCAGAGGUCCGGUUGCUGACAUCCCAUGGGUGAAGACUGCUUCUGCUUGCCUAGAUGGCUUGCAUCCUGCGGGUAUUGCAGGUCUGUGGUCUCUGCAGGCCUGCAAAGUACUUUGUUAUCGAUCUGUUGUUGACAGAUUUUCAUGUUCUGCUGAAUCUCUAAUUCCUGGGGAAUAUUUUUCUAUCUGCAUUCCUAUUGUUAAUAUGCUGAAGAAUGACUCUAGGUCAAGAGCUUUAUAUGCAUUGCAGCUCCUGGUUUAUAUUCUUCCAUGGAAAAGGCAAAAGCAGCUGCAGAAUCUUCUUAGAUUUUUGCAUCUAGUUGUAAAUGAUAUUUUUGUCAGCAUUGAUAAGAAGGUAACAAAUUAUGAAGCAGUUUUGAGAGAUUUUCUUUCGGUAGUUUUUAAACAUCCAUUAGUGUCAGACGAGACACAGAAAAUACUUUUUGACUUCUUAUUGUUGAAAGCUAAUGUGGUUUCUCGAGUGUCAGUAAAUUUGCAAGCUAUACAAAAAUCUGGAUUUAAGUUUUGUGACAGAAUUCCAGAAGAAGAUCUGGCAGCCUCAUCUGCAAAAUUCACUGAACAGAGUCUGUAUGACUUGGCUAUGCAUGUUGUUGAUAGCACUCACAUAAAACUUGCCGACAAGAAAACUUGGAUAAAGAAACUUAAAAAACACCACCACAAAACUUAUGAAGCUUUCAAUUUCACUGAAUGAAUAUUUAAUUAAGAUUUUUAAAAUUUUUUUUUAUUUUUGUGGUUGUUGAAAUAUUUGAAUUUGAGUAUAACAUCAUUUUAGUGUUCAGUUUUUGGAAAUUAUUUUAUAUUCAGUCUUCUGUGCUAAAUUUAAUUAUAGAUAGUAUUGCUUUUAUUAAGGAUUUAGAAAAACAAUUUUGGAGCAUGCUUAAAAAAGAGUUUUAAUACCUAACCACAAGUAUGUAUGUGGUUCUAAUUUGAAGUUUUAUACAAAUGUUUAUUUCUUUGAUGGUGUAGCUGAGCUGAAUCAUCUGAGAUUAGAAACAACAUUUCUUUGAAUUUUUUAUAAUAUUUUGAAACGAAGUAAAUUUGAUUUUUUUUUAAAGUUUAUUUCAUUAAUUUAUUCAAACAUUUUGGUCAAUUUGGAUUUUUAAUUUGGAAGUCAGUUUGGAUUUUUUUAAAAAAGUUUAUUCCUUUGAUUUAUUUAUAACAUUUAAUAGUAAAUAUGGAUUUUUUUAACUGUUAGGCUAUAUAAUUUGUAACCAGUGGAGAAUGGCCUUAAAAUUCAGAACAGUGAUUUGCUGUGAAGUAAUAUGGAUAUAUGUACUUGUGAUAAUAAAAAUUAUUAAUUUUUAAAGGUCUGUUGUAAAAAUUAAAGUCUAUAUUUCAUUUGGAGUGAAAGUGACCAUUGUCACAUCUCAGUUUUUUUU